AUGCUGCUUAUAACUUCACGGCUGGCACUCGCUGCACCAAGACGCAACCUGGGCCUUGUCCCGCUUGUGCGUCCUCUAUACACCACACAGCACCGCCUACACGCCCAACCACCACCUCCUCCUCCGCAACACGAACUCAACGAGGCCGAGCAGUACCUGGCCAACAAAGCGGCGCGGAAGGCGGAACGUGCACGAAAUCCGACCGGAGCUUCGGCUCGCCACGCCUCGCUCUACAGCCAGCUCUUCCCGGCGCUGCUGCGCAUUCUGGCGUACGGCAGCACGGCGUACUUUGGCCUCCACCUCCUCUGGAACGUGCUCGACCGCGACGAGCAGACCAAGCUCAUGAACCAACACGCAGGCUCGCUCGAAGGCACCGCAAGAAGCUUGGCUGAAAAGGUAGAUCACGCCACCCAAAAGCUUGCCCCGUCCACAGCAGCGUCGGAACCAGGACAAAGGCAGCCAAAGAAGCGCUGGUACUGGCCCUUCUAG